AUGGCUUUGUCCCUCUCCUCUCCCAGCGCUCCGGUGGUGAGUGCCAUGAUAGAUCCCAGCAGCGGUCGACCAGCGGCGACGGUGGAUUUGAACUUGAGGAUCAAGGUGGACGUGGCUGUCCUACUAGAAAUUCUAGGGAAUCUCGCAAACAGCGAAGAUGAAAAAAACGAAGGAGAAGACGAGGAGGAAGUAACCACGACUACCGGACGCGACGGCACGGAAGACGAUGAAGCCGCUGACGACCUGGAAGAACAGCAACGAACAGCGGAGGUUGCGAGCGAUGCGACACCUCUCGCGGCCGAGUUGAAACCUGGGGCGCAAGAGCCCGUCUCGAGGUCGUUGACUCGUUCCGAAGAACACAGUCUUCUCGCUGUGCCGAGCAAGGGCAACAAGAUUCCAGCCUCCGACAUCAAUGUGCUCGCGGGUUCCAUGCCUUCUCCCAUAUUGACCAAGUCACAUCCGAAAGCGAGCCGGAAGUGGCAGUGGGAACACGGCCGCUGGCGCAGCUGA